AUGUCCACUAUAGAAGGCUCCGACAACGAAGCUUUUCCGCAGGAUCUCGAUCCCGAUUCCGACAUACCUCCAGGCGUACCUUCCAUCUCCUCAAGCCAACGGCGCACAAGCUCCCGUCUGGCUUCUCGUGGCGAAUCCCGAACAGCAGAGGCGGAUUUCCUCAUCUACCACCUACGGCGGCAGGGCAUUUCCGCAGCCCCAGACCUCCCUUUCUCCCAGCUUCGGGAACUCUCGGACCAAGUCCCUGGUGCGGCCUCCCAGCCCAGUGCAGCAGCUCCAGCCAACUCUCCAGCCAACUCUCCAGCCAACUCUCCCGAGAGACCGGGGCGAGGACGCGGGCGUAGCCGCGGAGGGAAAAGGACGAGGAAGCGGAGCCCUCCACAAGCUCGCCCAGGAAAAAAAGAAAGAAAAUCCAACUUUCCCCAAGCGCACCCAAGCGCCGGGCAGCUCGGGAGCCUCGGUAACCAGGACGACAGCCUCGCUAACACCCUGCAAAAUCUGGCAAGCUCCAUGCGGGGAAUUAACGCUCACCUUCAGGCCAUGGAUAAAGGCUCUGCUAGAGCGUCAACUUCUUCCGCAAACUGGGGCGACGCUCCUGCUCAGGGGCUUAGGCCGGGGCAGGGCCAGUCAUAUCAUCAAGCGGUAAUCCCCUCUCACACCCUGGCUACCGCAUUUCCAGAGCCGCCUUCAUGUAGGCCUUAUAUUCCCCAAGCCGCGCAUAUUUCCUCCAGGCUGAAGGCGAAAAUCCUCGAAGGGAAAGACGUUAAUCUCGUCAGCCUCAUCUUGCCUUCCCCGGAAUGUGACAAGUCUAUCGCCACAGGAGGAAGCUUCACUGCUGUGUUUAGGUCCACAGAUCCCCGGCUUCUGAAAGAUCUAAACAUAGGACAGUUCCUGGUCGCUUUCGGCAUCUUCCGAGAUGUCCUAUGUACCGUUUACCCCGAAAAGAGAACCGAGUUGGAUGCGUAUCUGGGCAUCAUCGUGUUCCGGACAAGUCCAAUAGGAGUAGCCACACGCAAAUACUCCGAAAAGAAAAGGCUAAUUUUCUAUCUGUCCGCACCCCGCGCCGGCCCGUUCUGCAGCAUUAACAGCCUCAUCCCUUCAGAGCCAUUUUCCCUUCAAUAUGCCUCGGUUGACGACGCAAUCAAAAUAAUAAAGCUCACAGGGCAAGGAGCCUGGCUCUCCAAAGCAGACAUAACUGACGCGUUCAAAAUCAUCCCCAUCCAUCCGUCCCAGUGGAACAUGUUCGGCAUCAGGUGGGAAUCCAAAUUCUACUUCGCCGUCCGCCUGACUUUCGGGUGCAGAAGUAGCCCCUGCAUUUUUAAUUCUCUUUCCGAAGCCCUCUGCUGGAUCCUGCUGAACAUUGCCAGAAUACCUUCUGUUCUUCACUUGCUGGACGAUUUUCUCCUCGUAGAUCCCCCUCGUGACAACUCAGGCGCCUCCCUGGCAAAACUUAAACUCUGCUUUCAGAAGCUAGGCGUUCCCCUAUCCGCGGAGAAAACCCUAGGACCUGACACACGCCUGGAGUUUCUAGGCAUCACACCCGAUUCCGCAGAGAUGAAAGCAUCUCUCCCCAGCGACAAAUUGCAGCGCAUACGUGAUAUUACCAAGUCAUAUUGCGGGCAACAAACCAUAACUAAACAACAGCUGCUCUCUCUCCUCGGGCACCUUAACUUUGCCAUGCGCGUCAUCCCCCAGGGGCGCUCAUUCAUAUCUCGCCUUCUAGACACAGCUUUGGGCGUUAAAAACCUCCAUGACCGCGUUGUGCUAGAUGAAGGCUGCCGCUCAGACCUACGAUUCUGGUCCCUCCUGCUCGACCACUGGAACGGCAUCACCUUCUUCUAUGAUGACAUAGUGUAUUCCUCCGACUCAAUGAGGUUCUUCACGGACGCCGCCCCAUCCGUGGGUUUUGGGGGUUUAUUUCAGGGAGAGUGGUUUGCGGGCCCAUGGCCUUCCACAUUCCCCAAUCAUGCCUCAUCCUCCGCCCUGCACGAGAUCUACCCUAUCGCAGUUGCCUGUUAUGUGUGGGGUCACCUCUGGCUACGGAAACGCAUCUCGGUGCUCUGCGACAACCAAGCAGUAGUGGGAAUAAUUAACAAAGCUCGCUCCCCGUGCAAUGACAUUAUGCCGUUUAUGAGAAGCAUCACAUGGUCUUCCAUUACCCAUAACUUUCUCAUCUCAGCUCGUCAUGUUCCCGGUCACCUCAAUACAGCGGCUGACUCCCUCUCUCGCUUUCAUUUCCAGACCUUCCGGAAUCUCUGCCCAGAAGCCAGCUCACAGCCCGUCGAGAUCCCUCCCCUGCAUCUUCUCUCCCUCUCUUAAAUGAGAGCCCA